GUUUUUUACGUUUUGCAUUGAUUUAAUUAAGUUUUUUGCGAAUAUUGCACUAAUAAAAUGGAAGAUGGUGAGUUUGAUCAACGUCUCAGAGAUUUACAGAGGGAAUACCUUGAAUUUCUCGAUGAUGAGGAGGACCAAGGGAUUUAUAUGGAGAAGGUGAAGCAAAUGAUAGCUGAUAAAUCGCAGCGGUUGAUCGUCAGUGUCAACGACCUCAGAAGGAAGAGCCCGGAGAGAGCUAAAAACCUUCUUGAAAACGCGUUUGAGGAACAAAUCGCAUUUCAAAAGGCUUUAAAAGACUACGUGUCGUCUAUUGACCCUACUUACGCGAAGGAGCAGGAAGAGUUCUUUGUGGCAUUCUCUGGUAGUUUUGGAAACAAACAUGUUACUCCAAGGAGCUUGACUUCAAGAUAUCUUGGUAACCUAAUAUGUGUAGAAGGAAUAGUGACUAGGGUCUCCUUAGUGAGACCUAAAGUGGUGCGCAGUGUACACUACUGCCCUGCCACUAAGAAAGUCAUGGAGAGGAAGUACACGGACUUAACAUCUUUUGAAGCGUUUCCUACUUCCGCUAUUUAUCCUACUAAGGAUGAUGAAGGCAAUCCCUUAGAAACAGAAUAUGGUCUCUCUCGCUACAAAGAUCACCAGACCCUGACAGUUCAGGAGAUGCCAGAGCGAGCCCCAGCUGGUCAGCUGCCCAGAAGCGUAGAUGUGGUCUGUGACGACGAUCUAGUAGAUAAGUGUAAGCCAGGUGAUAGAGUACAGAUUGUGGGGAACUAUAGAUGUCUGCCUUCAAAGCAAGGCAGUUUCACUGCUGGAACAUUCAGAACAGUACUUAUAGCAAACAAUAUCACCCAAAUCAAUAAGGACAUGAACCUGAAUAUCACAUUGGAAGAAGUAAAGCUGUGCAAACGUCUCGCCAGACGCACUACCGUCGACAUGUUCGAAUUACUCGCAAAAUCACUAGCACCAUCCAUACAUGGACAUGAUUACAUCAAAAAGGCGAUUUUGUGUUUACUAUUGGGUGGCAUGGAGAAGAUAUUGCCUAAUGGCACACGACUUAGAGGUGACAUCAAUAUUCUUCUAAUUGGCGACCCAUCGGUGGCAAAAUCGCAACUCCUGCGCUACGUACUACAAACAGCGCCGCGAGCUAUCACUACCACUGGACGAGGGUCGUCAGGCGUCGGUCUUACUGCCGCUGUUACUACAGACCCUGAAACUGGCGACAGAAGACUAGAAGCAGGUGCAAUGGUGCUAGCAGACCGCGGAGUUGUAUGCAUAGAUGAAUUCGACAAAAUGUCUGACAUCGACCGCACAGCCAUCCACGAGGUUAUGGAGCAAGGACGUGUCACCAUAGCUAAAGCUGGCGUACACGCUACUUUGAAUGCCAGAUGCUCUGUGUUGGCUGCUGCUAAUCCUGUUUACGGCAGGUAUGACCAAUACAAAACGCCGAUGGAGAACAUUGGUCUUCAAGACUCUCUUCUAUCACGUUUCGACCUGUUAUUCGUGAUGCUGGACAUCGCCGACGCAGACCACGACAAUAUGAUCUCCGAACACGUGCUCAGGAUGCAUCGCUACAGAAACCCCAAGGAGCAAGACGGUGAAGUGUUACCAAUGGGAUCUUCAGUGGAAAUGCUCUCUACAGAGAAUCCUGAUAAUGAUGAAAAUGAGGAGGCAAGAGACACAAUUUACGAGAAGUAUGACCCCCUUUUGCAUGGCAACACUCGCAGCAAGAAGGAUCAGAUUCUCACCACAAAAUUCAUGCGCAAGUACAUCCACAUCGCGAGACUGAUGAAGCCCAAGCUUACUCAGGAGGCAUCAGACGCCAUUGCCGACGAGUACGCGCGGCUGAGGAACCAGGACAUGAUGGACAGCGACGUGGCCAGGGUAAAUAAACUUUUUGGAACCAAUUCCUUAUAA